UCUUUUGCUCCUUCCGGCAACACAAAGCGCAGCGCCAUGCCCGACUUCUACUACGCCAGCAUGUCCCCCCCCUGCCGAGCCGCCCACCUGGUAGCGAAGGCCGUGGGCGUCGACCUCAACCUCAAACCCAUUGACCUGUCGAAGGGCGAGCACAAGAACCCCGAUUUUGUGGCCAUCAACCCCCAGCAUUGCGUUCCUACCCUGGUGGAUGGAGAUCUCACGCUGUGGGAGAGUCGCGCCAUCUGCACGUACCUGGCCUCACAGUACGGAAAGAAUGACAGUAUCUACCCAAGCGACCCCAAGACACGUGCCAGGGUCGAACGUUUGCUCUAUUUCGACAUGGGCACCCUCUACGAUCGCUUCGGCAAAUAUGCGUACCCGGUCCUGUUCAGCGGCGAGCGCCCCGACCCCGCUAAACUGGAGAACCUGCACGAGGCCCUCGGCUGGCUUAAUGACUUCCUCGCCGGCAGCAGCUGGGCGGUGGGAGACAACUACACCGUGGCCGACUGCGUCCUCGUGGCCUCCGUCUCCAGCUUCGAGGCGGCGGGCAUUGACCUCGGCCGCUACAGCAGGAUAACGACCUGGCUGGAGAAGUGCAAGACCUCUCUGCCGGGAUAUGACGAGGUCAGCGCCCAGGGCCUCGCCAUCUUCACCGGGUUUGCCAAGGAGGCGCUGAGCAAAUAGGCUGCCAGCUGAGUGUCCUCCUGUGCGUGUUAUCAUUACCUCGAUUUCGCUGUUAUUUUCGAUGGUUCUGUUUGUACCAGUUUUUGUACUAUUGGUAGUACUAGUAUCAUCCCUUGCCAUGAAUGUGAAUGUGAUUUUAAUACCUAUAAAAAUACUGACCCUAAACCCGUCAGAUCGUAACGAAAUAUUUUGUGCAUUUCUUGACACUGUUCCGAGGAACGGUCGCGACAAUAAACUAUGACUAAA